UUAGUGGAAUUAUCAGCUUUAGGCCAGGCAGACAGCAUAAAACAGCAGAUAUUCAUUCCGUUAAGAAAUGGCCCCGGGAGAAUAACAUAACUAAGACUAUUCGAGAUAUCGGAGAGGUGUAAAGCAAUGAUAGGUUCGCAGGUAUAGACUACCCCGUAUUGUCACAGCCAAUUAUAUCCAAUGACACUAGUCGGCCUACGGAUGACGAGAGACUAGAAAGGGGGCUCUAAAGCUAUACUCGAACCCCCAUUCGCUCGCCCGAAAAAGCCGAUCGCUAUAGACUCUACCGAACUACCGGCGCGUCCUGACAAUGCUAACUCGACCCCGCGUCGUUCGUCUAAUUUAUAGGAGUGACUGUCUGCCGUGAUAGUUUAAUAAGAAAAUGUGAUUACCUAGGUAGUUAUAACAGUUAUAACUACCUAACUAGCGAAGAAACGACAAAGACUCGCUCGGCAUACGCAAAGCUCAAAUCCACAAAAAUGGCUACCCCUCCCCCACAUGGAAUAUACGUCCCCGUGCCGACCUUCUUCGUGAGCAAGAAGGCGGCCAACUACGACCCCGUCGCGGCACCGGUCGACGUUGCCACGCAGAUUACGCACUCGCUGUAUCUGGCGCGAUCGGGAAUCAGGGGAUUGGUGAUUCUGGGUAGUACGGGAGAAGCGAUACAUCUCACGAACAAGGAGCGCUUCGAGGUCUUGUCCGGUGUCAGGAAAGCGUUCGAGAACGAGGGCUUCAAGGACUACCCCAUCAUCGCCGGCACUGCGACGCAAAACGUCGAAGAGACGGUCGAGCAGCUGAAGGGCGCCGAGGAAGCCGGCGCGCAGUACGGUCUCACUCUGGUCCCGGGAUACUUCGCCGGAGCCAGCACGCAGGAGGGUAUCAUCAGGUGGUUUACUGCCGUGGCUGACCGGAGCCCUAUACCCAUCUUAAUAUACCACUACCCAGGCGUCUCAAACAACGUCAAGGUCGUCCCGGCUACGUUCGAAACCCUGUCUAAGCAUCCCAACAUUGUUGGCUGCAAGCUCUCGCACGGCGACGUAUCAUAUCACACGCAAAUCGCAUCCAACCCCUCCAUCGACCACUCCAAAUUCGCUACUUUCACGGGACUCGGUCAGCAAUUGCUCCCAGUCGUGACCAUUGGUGCCGCGGGUGCUAUCGACGGCUGUGCGGGAUUCUUCCCCAAGAGCGUGGUGCGCCUAUACGAUCUGUCGGUGAAGAGCCAACCCACGGACGACGAGGUCCGCCAGCGCCGCCUCCUGCAGUUCAAGAUCAGUGCUGUGGAGGAGCUGGUCGCCAAGUUUGGUACCGUUGGCAUCAAAGAAGCUAUUAGCAGGCUGCGCAAGCUAGGUGAUCCCGACGGCACGCGAUUGCCCUUGUUCGGCGGCAUCCCCGGUGGCGAUGCCGAGUGGGCUAAGUGGCAGACGCUGAUCGAUGCGCUGGAGGAGGAAGAGCUGAGGCUGUGAGUCCUGGUGUCAAAAGGUCCACUGGGGUAAUGGCCUGUUGGCAAUAAUCACGAAAAGUGGACGAUCGGGUCCGUUAACUAAGUACCUAAGGCUAGAUUGUUAAAAUAGCCAUUCAAAAUGUAAAUACCGUACCGUACCU